AUGGACUUAGAUUUAAUAGAAGAGAAAAUAAACAAAAUUGAAGAGGAGCUAGAAAGAUAUAAACAUGAUGAAUUACAAAAAGUUACUAAAAUAAAAAGUGAAAUAAAAUUAUUUGAUUUAGCCAUAAAAAGAUUAAAUACAAAAAAAUGUAGGGAAAGGUUUGAAAAUGUCUAUAAAUCAUUGGAAAAACAAAAAAAAGAAAAAUUCAAUGAAAAAAAUAUAUAUACAAAAAAUGGUAAGGAUAUUUUUACAGAAAUUAAGUUUCUAAAACAGAAAGAAAAAAGUUAUAAUUUCAUAAACAGACCAAUUAAACUUAAAUACAAUAUAACUGAUGUUGCAAAUGAGAUAAAAGAAACACUUAAUAUUUUUAAUAUACAAAGAAAACAUUUAUUUAAAUAUAUUUUUGAAAAGAUAAGCAAAUCAAAAAAUAAAUCAUUAGAUGAUUAUAAUAAAUAUUUACAUUUACAAAAAGAGAUAGACAUUUUAUUGGCCUCAAUAAAUAAAAACGCAUUAAUGGAAAUAUUUGUGUUUACGAAAAAUUUACAAUUUUUUCAAAAUUCGAUAAUAAAUAUGUUUAACCAAUUUAAUCAUCAAAUAGAAAAUACAAUUACAGAUAAACCAAUUUAUGAAAAUGACUCUUAUAAUAAAUAA